AUGGAGAACAUCUUGGGCAGUCACCCGCAAGUUCGGUUGUCUGCGGAUGCGGUAAAAUUGACCGCCGAUUUGGACUUGGCUGACCCUAAAUUCGACCUACCUGGCACGGUCGAUUUGUUGCUUGGCGCCGAUGUACUGGGCAAAAUAUUACUCGGUAAGGAUCGUGUUUUGCAGCCAGGUGGCUUAGUAGCCCUCCGGACCAUAUUUGGGUUCGCAUUGAUGGGGCCUGUAUUGAGGGCUCCCCCUCCUGCUGAACCUGGAACGGCUUUGAUGGUGGGCUCCGCCCUCUCUGACGCCGUGCAGAGAUUUUGGGAAGUGGAAGAGCCACCACAAGCACCCCGCUCUGAUCCGGAACACGAGGAGUGUGAACGGUUCUACAAGAGCAACACUAGUUAUCUUCGUUCUGGCCGGAUCAUGACAAGAUUGCCAUUUCUUGCCGUACGACCGCCCCUUGGCGACUCGCGGCCUACUGCAGAGAAGCGUUUGUUGGCAAUGGAACGCCGCAUGAGCAGGGACCCGCUACUCAAAGAGAAGUAUAUUGACUUCAUGCGGGAGUAUGAAGAUUUGGGACACAUGUCUGUGUCAAAAUUUGAUUGGCGCUCGAUGGAGCAUUUUUUCCUCCCACAUCAUGCUGUGAUAAAGCCGUCAAGUGGCAAGCUGCGCACAGUAUUUGAUGGUUCUGCGCAGACCACAUCGGGAGUGUCCUUGAACCAGUGUCUUCAUUCUGGUCCCAAAUUGCUUAAGGACCUUUGUGACGUCAUCACGCGGUUUCGGCGUCACCAAUUCGUUUUCGUAGCUGACAUCAAGAUGAUGUUCAGGCAAACGGUAAUCCACCCUGAUGAUCGUCGAUACCAGCUGAUAUUGUGGCGGGAAAACCCGCAAGAUCCCAUACUUGUCUACGAACUCAACACGAACACAUACGGGCUGCGGUCUAGCCCCUUUUUGGCCAUACGUUCGCUUUGGGAGCUCGCAGAUCAAGAGCGUAUGUCGUUUCCUCGCGCAGCCGCCAUUUUGAAGGAGGACCUAUAUGUUGAUGACAUAUGCACUGGUGCGUCCACGGAGAGAGAGGCUCUCCUUUUGCGUGACGAAUUGAUUGGCAUCCUAGCCUCCGCAGGAUAUGAAUUGCGUAAAUGGAUCUCCAACUUACCUGCGCUCUUGGAUGGGCUACCUGAUGACCACCAGCAGGAUCCUCACCUAUUUGAGAACCGUGACAAUCCUACCAUGAUGACAGUCCUUGGAAUACAGUACAGACCAGUCCAGGACAUCUUCACGUUCAACGUCGAUUUGGAUUCGCCUCGCACUUGGACGAAACGGCUGGUUCUGUCGACUGUCGCGAGAACGUUUGAUCCCAAUGGUUGGAUAUGCCCAGUCAUAUUCUGGGCCAAAUGCUUCCUGCAGAGACUUUGGACUGCAGGUCUUGGAUGGGACGAGCCACUCCGCGAAGCUAUUUUGAAGGACUGGCUCCUGUUUGCUUCCUCACUGCCUGCUAUCAAUACGAUAUCGUUGCCGCCGUGCUAUGCUUCCACCAGGGAAGCAUACAGCGUCCCUUCAUGGGUUUUCGGACGCUUCGGAACGUGGGUACGCAGCAGCCGUAUAUUUGCGCACCGUGACCAUGGAUGGUCAAGUGAAGGUGUCAUUGGUCAUGGCGAAGAGCAAGGUCGCGCCUCUUCGAACUACCUUGACAAUUCCCAAGCUAGAGUUGUCAGGGGCGGCCCUUCUUGCUCGCCUCUUGAAUCACGUCAUGUCCACCUUGUGCCCGUCAGUUAA